AUGGCAAAGAACAAGCGUCAGGCAUAUGCAGUCAGCGCCAAGGCGGGCUACGACACUGCUGCCGAGUCUUGGUGCACGGGCCGUGCUGUUGCACGUAUCCCCCGUGCCCCUGGUGGCGGCACUCAUCGCGCAGGCCAGGCGGCUUUCGGCAACCAGGCCCGUGGCGGUGGCAUGUUCAACCCGACACGCAUCUGGCGCCGCUGGCACCGCCGAGUGAACGUGACCAAGAAGCGUCACGCCGUGGCCGUUGCCCUGGCAGCCUCAAGCCUGCCCCCACUAGUCAUGGCCCGCGGCCACAAGAUCGGAAAGGUCGCUGAGCUGCCUCUUGUGGUUAGCGACGGCCUCGAGUCCGUGACGAAGACCAAGCAGGCUGUGGAGUCCCUGAAGAAGCUCGGUUGCGGCGAGGAGCUCCAGAAGGUCCUGGACUCCAAGAAGAUUCGUGCGGGCAAGGGCAAGGCCAGGAAUCGUCGCUUUGUGCGCCGAUUGGGACCCCUGGUCAUCUACAACGAGGACGGGCAGAAGUCUUUGAGUCCUUUAGACAAUGGCAUCGUCCGUGCCAUGCGCAACGUCCCGGGUGUGGAGACGGCCCAUGUGGAUCGCCUGAACCUGCUGCGUUUGGCUCCAGGUGGCGCUUUCGGCCGCUUCCUCAUCUUCACCGAGAGCGCCUUCAAGAGGCUCUCCGCCAUCUACGGCACCCGAAAGGGCGGUGCGCCGUUGAAGAAGGGCUACACCCUGCCGCGGGCUGCCAUGGCCAACGCGGACUUGGCCCGCAUCAUCAACAGUACUGAGGUGCAGUCCGUUCUCCGUCCGAAGAUCGAGCCCCCCACCUUCAGCAAGAAGAGGAAUGCCCUGAAGAGCAAGGAGGUCAUGGAGGAGCUGAAUCCAGGCUCCGCGGAGCGCAAGGCGAAGGCCGGCAAGAGCUCCGAGAAGGGCACUGCCGAAUUCAACGAGGUGCAGAAGCAGAAGAAGGCCCGCAUUGAAGAGUCGAAGAAGUACAACAAGACGAACAAGAAGGGUGACGACACUUUCUACAAGACUCUCAUGAAGGCGUUCGAAGCCCGCGCAGCGGCUGAUGCUGCCAAGAAGGCCGCCGAGAAGAAGGAGGCCGAGGGCGAGGACUGCACUCGGAUGGCGCGUGGGAUGACGAGGAGUGAGCUGCUUCGGCGCUGUGAGGUCUUGCCUCCGGGCGCCGAGAUGCACGGGCCGCCAAUUCCGCCAGGACAUAGGCCACCCUUCGACUAUGGUCCGGGGCCACCCCCGCAUUUUGAUGGCAGAGGGCCGCCUCCGCCCUUCAUGGGCGGGCCUCCUCCGCCGUAUCGGCCUCCCUUCGAGCGGCCCCCGCCUGGAUGGUUGGAUGCGCGGCGCCCGCCCUUCGAUAUGCCGCCAGGCGCGCGACCUCCCUUUGAGGGUGGGCCGCCACCCCACCUGCCACCGUUCGAGAGGCCACCUGGGCCGUUCGACGCGCGCCCGCCCUUCGAAGGAGGUCGGCCGCCGUUCGAGGCACCUCCCGGCGACUGGUUUGGUGGCAAGGCAUUGGGAUGCAUUGGGCUGGGAGGGCAGAGAGGGAGGCCAAGAAGUUCGUGUUGA